GGCGGCGGCGGCUGCACCAUGGCGGCGGCGGCCUCGGCCCGUGCCCGCGGAGCUGGCCCGGUGUGGCGGCUGCGCCUGCUGUGCCAGCGCUACCAGGAGUACGUGAGGCGGCACCCGGCCGCCACGGCCCAGCUGGAGGGCACCGUGCGGGGGCUCUCCUACCUGCUGCCAGGUCGCUUCUCGGACUCGCACGCGCUGUCGGAGCUGGUGUACUCUGCCUCCAACCUCCUAGUGCUGUUAAAUGACUGGAUUCUCCGAAAGGACCUGCAAGAAAGCCUGCCAGUGUCGCUGCCCCAGCAGAAGCUGCUGACCUGGCUGAGUGUACUAGAAUGCGUGGAGGUCUUUGCAGAGAUGGGGACAGCCAGGGUGUGGGGGGAGAUGGGCCGGUGGACCAUCAUUGUCCUCAUCCAGCUGGCUAAAGCCAUCCUUCGUCUCCUGCUCCUGCUGUGGUACAAAGCUGGCAUCCAGAUGUCUCCUCCCAUUGUGCCACUGAACAGGGAGAAGCAACAGCCUCUCCACCCUCAAGGCAUGGAAGACAGCUCCUCAGGGAAGGAUCAGACCUAUGUUGGCAGGCGUUCCAGCCGUGUUGUGCGCUCUCUGCAAAGCACCCCGUCCCUGCAGUCCCGGCACUGGGGGUCCCCCCAGCAGAGGGAGGAAUCGCAGAGCCGAAGAACGGAGGAGAUCAACCAGCCUCCCACUCCUCUGGGUCUCCAAGAAACCAUCGCAGAAUCCAUCUACAUUACCCGCCCCCUGCUCCACCUACUGAGUUUAGGAGUAUGGGGCCAGAGAUCAUGGAAGCCCUGGCUCCUCUCAGCAGUCCUGGACAUCUCGAGUCUGAGUUUGCUGAGUGAUCUGAAAGACCUGAACAGGCGAGAGCGGGCGGAGCUGAGGCGGCGCACCAUCCUACUGCUGUACUACCUGCUGAGAUCUCCUUUCUAUGACCGAUACUCAGAGGGCAGGAUCCUCCUCCUUCUGCGCUUGUUGGCUGAUUAUGUGCCUGGAGUUGGCUUCAUCACACGUUUUCCUCUUGCACGUUGCAGACCCCCUUUCCCAGUGCAGUUUGAACAUGUCAGCUCUGAGGGAAUGGUUGGUGUCCCACACCAUGGCUGUGCUGACCAUGUUUCACACCCCUCUUGGUCCUGCUCUGAUCUCUGCACCACAUUGCAGUGUUGUCUUACAUCUUGGCAGAAGGAACUGUUGUGUUCUUUGGUUCAUCUGAGUUGUGGCCACUGAUGGAUUACUUGCCUGCUUGGCAGAAAAUCUAUUUCUAUAACUGGGGCUGAUAAGAAAAGAAGAUGAUUACUCUCUGCUAAAAUCAUGGCUGGACAUUCCUCAGGAGGGCAAGCAGGCUGGGGGAGGGAUGUUGAUAACGUCUAAUUUUCAGUUAUAUCAUAAAUGAAAAGUUCCUGUUCUGCAGAGCGGGGAGGGGGUUGUAUGUAAUUUUUUAACAGAUCUAGGCGUGAAUGAUGGACACUAAAUGUGUGGGGAGACCCUGGCCACCUGUUUCUCUGGACCAUUCUGUGGCUGCAGUGAUGGUGAUGGGACAACUUCUAUUUUGAAGCACUUAAUUUUUCUUCUUUUGUACAGCUGCGCUAUAAUAAAGCCAGGCAGCAUAGUGGAUUUUGGGAGAGCACUGUCUCACAUGUCGUGGUGCUGAGGAUGACCCACAACCUGCUUGUGUUGGCCGUGCCUGGCCCAUCUGCUUGGAGCAGAUUUGUCUGUCAAAUAAACUGACUAAAUGGAGAGAACUGGA